AUUGCUAUAUAGUGGGCACAUGCUGUAAUCACUACCUUUCUGCUAAUUUCGGUCAUUGCUGUACGCUGCCCGGCACGAUCCCGAGCCUCUGCACCUCUCCAGUACGCUUCAUUUAUUCCCCUAGCUUCCCUCGCCGCUGGACACGCGAUGGCAAUGAACAGGUCGAGGAUGGACGAGCUGUACGCGGCCAGCGAUGAACUGUUUUACAAGACAUUCCCUGCAGCCCGGCCCACUCCACAAUCCGCUCGAGUCGAGGCCGAACACGCGCGGAUGUUUGCCCCACACAGGAUGACCACGAGCAGUCUGGCUGUCUCCUCCACGUGCCCAGCGCCCAUCGCCACCUCGCCAUCGUCACCCUACUCAGCUGUCCACGCACCCACUCAGUACGCCCCUCAGGACCCACGGUUCCCUCACACGUUCCUCCCACCACCGAAUCCCGAGAAUCCGAUGUUCUGGGGAGCUCAGCCCUCCGAAUCGACGUCGCCUCGAGUCGCGCCCCCAUUAUCCAUCCUUUCUCCGGCCCAGGCACCGGCCGCUUCACAUCAACUACUGCCUCGCUUGGCCUUGGGCAACGCAGGGUAUGCUAGUCCCAAUGCGGACUAUCCGACAUCGACUACUUCCUCGUUUGCGAGCCCCGGCGCCGCGUUCGGCUCUCCUACGAAUCAUCUCGCUAGCCCUAAUGGCGUGUAUCCGUCGCCCAGUAGCGCGGAAGGCACGAGUCCGCCCCCGCUUUCCGCCGCCAGUCCGUUCGAGACAAUCUAUUCUGACCCGACAGUGUUUGGAGGUAAACCGUUGGGUGCGUUCGUCGCAGAGCGUGGGGGCAGCUUAAACUAUCCUUACAAAGCGCCUCAAAUACUUGCCUCAGCUCCGAUAGCUGAGGUAGACAUGUACCCCGGAAUCGACGUGCCGCCUCCGAUGGUCUUCUCGCACCCUUCGUCGUCACUCAUUGCCUCUGCUUUGGGCAUGCCGAGGCACCAGCCCCGCUCGCUCCAUCCGUCGUCUCUUCUCCCCUCGACGUCCGUUCGCUCCCACACGGAUCCGUUAUCUGUCGCUUCUUCAUCGUCGCCGUCGUCUCCGCCCGACCUCUCGUCCUCGGCGAAACGCAAGGCCCGUGAGCGUCAACCUCGCCGACCACCACCGGAGAAACGUCGCAAUGGGCACUACCCGGCCAGCCCACCGCGCUCAGUCAUGCUCGCGCUCGCCGAGGAGGAGGGCGACGGUGCUCCCGGCGAGGAGCCCAUGCCCGGGUCGAGCAAGCAACGGCGCUCUCCAUCUUCUCCGCGGCGCAAGGACUCGACGAUGGCAGUGGCCUCGGCAGCGGCCGCGGCCGCAGCCACUGGCGUGGAGAUCACCUCGGUCAAGGAACUCCAGAAGAAACCCCCCUUGGCCUGUUUGUUCUGCCGAGGACGAAAGAUCGCGUGUGGGCCUUCGAUGCCUGUUCCUGGCAAGCCGGACAAGUUUGCGUGCAACCAGUGCCAGCGACGAGCGUUGGAAUGCACAUACCCUCUGGAAAGCCGUCGGGGCAUGCGGAAGAAGAAGACCGACACGGAGGCCGAGGCUUCUGGCGAACAGGAGGGAAGCAAGGACUCGCCGCCGGACAGCAAAGAGUCGUCGGCGUCCACGUCUUCAGCUGUCUCCGUGACGGACAUAGACGUCUGCAUCUCCGUGCCGAUCGGCGCGGACAGCGAUGAUACCGUGGCGGCACCGGGUGUGCUGGACGGCACUGACUGUGUCGCUGAGGACGGCGCAGCAGCAGCAGCGGAAGGAUUCCCUGACGUGGGGGGACUGGGGCUAGGAUACGAAUUUGGCCUCGCGAUGGGGGAUGUGGCGGCACAUCCGUUUGACGUCGGGACUGAUGGCGAUGACUUUGCUGCCUCGCUCGCUGCGACUAUCGGCUCGUCGAUGGAUAAUUCCGCUUUCGAGAUCAUGCAUGCGUCCACAAUCAAAGCAGUCAAUGUGGUGCCCCCGACGGUCAAGCACCAUCGCACGAAGGAUCCGCGGCUGAAUCGAGCGCUGCCACUGGCGGCACUGGAGUCUUGAAACGUCGCGAGGUGGAAGUGGGGUGCCUGUUGUUGUCUGCUCUGUGUCUUUCUGGUUGCUGCUCUGCUCCUGCUCUCGAUUUCCAUUCGCUCUGCUGCUCUUGGGGGUACAUUUAGGCCUGGAUGAUGGCGUACAUUCUUAUUACAAGGAUCGUGGUAUCCGAACGAUAUACCAAGUCAUUUGGAUAUGCCACUAGUUAUAGCACUCGCGUACAGUCAGUAAUAUAUGUACUGUGCAGUCAAUCGAGUCUUCGAGUGCUCGUCACUAUGUGCUGCAUUACG